AUGACUACCGUUUUAGUUUCAGGCGCCUCUGGCUUCAUCGCCUUACACACUGUGCAGCAGCUCAUCAAGAAAGGCUAUACCGUCGUCGGUUCCGUCAGAUCACAGGAAAAAGGUGAAUACGUCAAAAGUGCCUCAGGAAACCCAGAAAAGUUCUCUUACGAGAUCGUUGAGGACAUAGAGAAGGAAGGUGCCUUCGAUGAAUUCGUGAAGAAGCACCAAGAAGCCAAUGUCUUCUUGCACACUGCAUCUCCAUUCCACUUCAAUGUCACGAACGUUGAAAAAGAUCUUCUUUUGCCUGCUAUCAAUGGUACUAAGGGCGCCUUGCAGUCGAUCAAACUGUACGGACCCAACAUCAAAAGGGUCGUUGUCACCUCUUCGUACGCAGCCAUUGCUUCCCCUGAAAUGGAUUUGAUUCCAGGAAGCCAAUGGGACGAGAGCUCAUGGAACGAUAUAACCUGGGAGAAGGCGUUGGAAAACCCAUUUUUUGGUUACUAUGGCUCCAAGACAUUUGCUGAGAAGGCCGCGUGGGAAUUUGUCAAGGAAGAGAAGCCUCAGUUUGUGCUUUCCACGGUAAACCCAGUCUACGUGUUCGGUCCUCAGCCCACUGACGACUUCAACACUGCCAAAUUGAACACAUCCUCGGAGAUUAUCAAUGCAAUCUUGAAGACAAGUGGUCCUGAGGGGGAUGUCCAUUCUGUGAAUGCUUCUGCUGUGGACGUUCGUGAUGUCGCAAAGGCCCAUCUCGUUGCCUUUGAGAAAGAUGAGGCCAAGAACGAGAGGUUGUUUUUAACCACUGGCUCGUUCACCCAACAGACUAUCAUCGAUGUGUUGCACGCAGAAUUCCCCGAGCAGACGAAGAAUGUUCCAAUUGGCAAUCCUGGUUCGGACAAAGAGGACGUCAAGAAGAGAGCAUCCCCCAAGAACGACAAAACAAGAAAGAUCUUGGGCUUUGAGUUGAUCCCACUUCAUCAAAGUAUUGCUGAUAGCGCCAGACAAAUUCUUCAAGUAGAGAAGAAGCUUUAG